AUGUCCACAUAACCCUUCGCUGAAGAUAAAACAGCUUCUCUUCUUCAGCAUCAUCUCACUCAAAAUAAGAACUCUACCAGAUGUUAGAAGAAGCUUGGAAAGCAAUAUAAAAGCCAUGCAGAUAAUCUCGACCUCCUUCAUACCUGCAUUUCCGUGCAAAACUCUAUCCUUCCAUAUUACACUUGGGACUCUAUGUUUUCAAAAGAAGCAAGUUCCUGUUGGCUGCUCAAGUCGCAUUUUCAAAGAUGAAAACAAGUACGAAGAAUGGAACAGAUAUGUACAGCAUUCAGAAGGAAAUAGAGGACGCAGGUGUUUUUUUUUGUUCUCGCUGGCCUCAUCAGUCUCAUUCACAACAUUCUCUGCCUCUGGAAAGGUGAAGGGUAAGAACCCGUAUGAUGAAAAACGCUUGCUUGAACAAAAUAAGCGGAUACAAGAAGCAAAUAAUGCACCUGAAGACUUCCCAAAGUUCAUUAGAGAAGGUUUUCAGGUCAAGGUUGUGGCAUCUGACAAGUAUGUAAAGUGCGACUCAGGACUUAUUUACCUGGAUAUACAAGUUGGUCAAGGUGAUUGCCCAAAGGCUGGUCAGCAGGUGACAUUUCAUUAUAUCGGUUACAAUGAAUCAGGCCGUCGUAUUGAUAGCACAUACCUACAAGGCCGUCCAGCCAAGAUCCGGGUAGGAAUGAAAGCGUUGGUUCCAGGAUUUGAGGAAGGAAUACAAGACAUGAGGCCUGGGGGAAAACGAAGAAUAAUCAUUCCUCCAGAACUUGGACCCCCAGUUGGACCCUCCACAUUUUUCAGUUCAAAACAAUUUGAGGUAUUCGAUGUUGAACUGCUUGACGUGAAGGACUGUCAACGCAGGACCAUAGCAUUUUAUUCUGAUGUUGUAUGCGAAUGAUCUGGAUAAUUUCCUUUGCGCUGGUAUUCGAGUUUUCUGCCCAUUUGAUUAGAGUCUGAAUGCUGUCUUUGAGCACAUUAUUUUUGUAAAAUUUUAAAUUUCUAGUCCAACAACAGGGAAGCAAAUUUGAUUUUUCAAAUCAAAGGAAGCUGUAUUCUGGUUAGAGGAA